AUGGCGAAGGAGAGCGAGAACCCAUUGAAUCCCAAUACUCCUCGCAAGCCGAGUGAGCAUCCCCACCGGCCUCUCCCCAACCAGCCGGAAUUCGGGAAGCCCUCGCCUAUCCGCCCAGUGCAUCACCACAACCAACGGCCCAGCAAUCCGUUCAACAUCCCGAAACCCAACCGUGCGCGACCAGAGCAUCACCGUCCUCCCCCGCAGUCACGUCCACAAGGCUCUGUUCCGCAUGGAGCUCCUCAGCAGGGCUAUCGGCCUCCGGCUACUCCGGGUGCUGCCAUGGCCACCCCGCGUCGCAACGAGUCCUACGAUCCAUUCAAACCCGUUCGGCCCUCCGCCUACAAUAACAACCGAUUCUCGCGCCCCGUUAAUGAAGAUGUUGUCGAGAUCAGGCGUCCUGAGAAUGUGACCUUCACGACCCCGCGCGCUCCCAAGACGUUCUACAACUCGAGACCCUCCGCCAUCAAAAUGUCCAAUGCAUCCAAGAACUUGAAGAAUUUCGUAGACCUGACCGGAGAAGGCGGAUUCACUCCAAGCGCACGGAGCCGCAAUGCGGGUUUUGGUUCCAUGGACGUGAAUGGAUACGUGGACUCGGCGAAAGCGAACGAAAACAUCAAGGCUCUCCUAGAGGGAGCCGUCACUGUGGACGAGCCUAGUGUUGAUGAUACGGACGCCAAGGAUGAGGAAGCAGUGUCUACUGAGCAGGUUGCCGACGAGAAAGCGGUGAAAAAUGACACGGAUGACGACAGGGGAUCUCUCAAUGAUACUCAGGUGGACUCUGAAAAUGAAGACGCCGACGAGGAAGGGGAAGAGGAUGACGAUGACGAUGGCGUUGUUGAAGGACUGAAGGUCAAUUUGCUUCCUCAUCAGCGCCAGGGCGUCAGAUGGAUGCGCGAGAAGGAAGUGGGACAGAGCAAGAACAAGGGCGUUGUCCCUCGGGGAGGCAUUCUAGCAGAUGAUAUGGGUCUUGGAAAGACAGUCCAAGCCAUUGCCUUGAUGCUCACGAACCGGAAGCGCGCAGACGGCCGAAGACGAGCCCCGGAGUCUGACGAUGAAGGGGAAGAUGACAGUGUUAACGAAAACAAGGACAGCUCGAAACUGCCUCCAGGUCUGAGCAAGUCUACACUGGUUGUUGCUCCAUUGGCCCUCAUCAAGCAGUGGGAAUCCGAGAUCCUUGCUAAGGUCGAGCCAUCUCAUAAACUUCGUGUGUGUGUCUAUCACGGUGCCACGCGAGCGAAAGCAACAGACCGUCUUGAAGAUUACGACGUGGUCAUUACGACUUAUGGAACGUUAACUUCCGAACACGGGGCCAGCGAGAAAAGCAACAAAACAUCUGGUCUCUUUUCUGUCUACUGGUACCGCAUAAUCCUGGACGAGGCGCAUACCAUCAAAAACCGAAAUGCGAAAGCAACACAAUCUGCUUACGCAUUGGAUGCAGAAUAUCGGUGGUGUCUUUCUGGAACCCCUAUGCAGAACAACUUGGACGAGUUGCAAAGUUUGAUCAAAUUCCUGCGCAUUAAGCCAUUCAAUGACCUUGCGGCCUGGAAGGACCAGAUCACGAAACCUUUGGCUAAUGGUCGUGGAGGACUUGCCAUCGAGCGUUUGCAAGUUGUUCUCAAAGCUUUCAUGAAGCGUCGCACAAAGGACGUGCUGAAGCUCAAUGCAGACCUGAAGCCGGGCGACCAAGGUUCUGAAGGAGGGCAAAAGAAGUCCUCGGGCUUCCAAAUCACCAAGCGUGAGGUGAUCAAGGUCUCAGCUGAGUUCAUGCCCGGUGAAAUGAACUUCUACAAGCGCCUCGAACAGCGCACAGAGAACAGCCUCGAGAAGAUGAUGGGCGGUUCUAAACUUGACUACGCCGGUGCCUUGGUUUUGCUGUUGCGUCUUCGCCAAUCUUGCAACCACCCUGACUUGGUGAAAAGCGAUCUUGCCAAGGACAAGGACGUGCUUCUCCAGAAUGGUGCCUCUGGAAGCCAGACUGCGCCCGGGAAACAAGAUGACUUGGAUAGCAUGGCAGAUCUUUUUGGAGCACUGAGUGUGGUGUCCAAGAAAUGCGAUGUUUGUCAGGCUGAGUUGAGCUCCAACGAUGCGAAGAAGGGUGCUAGUAGGUGCCAGGAGUGCGAAGCGGAUCUGAACAUUAGCUUUACGGGAAGCAGAAGCAAAAAGCAAAGUGGCCCCCACGGGGAGAUUGUGGAUCUUACACAAUCGCCAUCUGAUGGCCGAUCCAAAUCCCAAGGGGCUCGUGCCCGCCGGAACAGGCGAGUUGUCCUCGAUAGUGAUGAUGAGGAGGAAGAUGGAGAGUGGAUUGUUCCUGAAGACCAGCGCACCAUGCCUCAUCUUGGAACCGCUGGAGGCUCAGACGAUGAAAACGCAGAAGGCGGCGGUGAAUGGCUCAACUCGGAAGAUUCGGAGACUGACGAGGAUGGGCCUGAGUCGCCCACGCGCAACCGAGGCAUUGUGAAGAAGACAGACCAGCAGUCCGAUUCCGAGGAAGAUAUCUACCUGAAUCCUGGCGAAGGCGAAAACGAUAUCCUCCCCUCAACGAAGAUCCGGCAUUUGAUGAAAAUCCUCCGACGAGAAUCUGCGGAUCAUAAGUUUAUUGUCUUUUCGGUCUUUACGUCAAUGCUUGAUAAGAUUGAGCCUUUCCUCAAGCGAGCGGGAAUUGGAUUUGCGCGAUACGACGGUGGGAUGCGCAACGAUCUCCGCGAAGCUAGUUUGAACAAGUUGCGAAACAACAGCGGGACUAGGGUCCUUCUCUGUAGUUUGCGGGCCGGUGCGUUGGGUCUGAACCUCACUGCGGCCAGUCGGGUGGUAAUUCUGGAACCUUUCUGGAAUCCUUUCGUUGAGGAGCAAGCAAUUGACCGUGUCCAUCGGUUGAACCAGACCCUGGACGUCAAGAUCUACAAGCUGAUUAUCAAAGACACCGUCGAAGAGCGUAUUCUGGACCUCCAAGACCGUAAGCGGGAACUUGCCAAUGUCACCAUUGAGGGCAAGACGGCCGCUGCGAAACUCACAAUGAAGGACAUGAUGGCGCUGUUCGGGCGGGACGCCGAGUCCAGAUAUACGGGCGAACGUGGCAAUUUAGAGCUUGCACAGACGACCAGGCUUCUGAGCACUACAAGCGACACUCCUUCCACCGAAUCUCGGAAGUCUGAUGACUAUCGCGUUCCACAGGGUUCUUAUCCCAGCUCUCGUGACCAUAGCAGACAGCCGGAAAAAGGGGCAUCACGGUCUGAGGACUCCAUCUAUGGUCGACGAUGGUAG